UGCUGACCUUCGGCUCUGUCUCUCCCUCUCUCUAUGAUGACUUGAAACGAAAAAUAGGUACUGGGCAACUAACUAUGCCCUUGCCCGCUUUGCAUCCCUCUCCAUGUUUCGAUGUCCGAUUGGCGGCUACUCUAUCGUGAAACUACUUCGCUGACCAAUCAUGAGCAGGACUACUUUGAGAGAAUCUCGCCGAAGCAGUAACGUUCUGCCGGGAUCGCAUUCCCAGCAGUACCAUAGCCGAGGUCAUAGUUUGACCGGCUUUUCCAUCCAGACCUACGAGAACUUGGAUCUCUUCUCCAUUAGCAGUCGCAAUCUCUCUGUCGCGUCUUCUGACGAAUCUUCCAAUGUUUCAAUGAAACUAGGAAGAUAUGAUGUUAGAUCAUCGGAACUAUCAAAGAGGGAGGUCGAUGAUUCAUCAUCUUCCAUAGAUAAGGGGAAGCAUGUUUAUGACUGGGAAACCGAUCGCUCAACUUCGGCGUCUACAAGAAGCAGUUCCUUGGCUAGAUCAGUUCCUUCUACUGAAGCCUCAAAGCUUUCUGCCUCAGAAUUUAGUGCCGACCAUUGCACUAGACCAAGUAGAAGAUCUUCACAAUUUAGUGCCUAUUCGUCAGACAGGUUAUCUUCAGUCCCGCAUACAAGCUCAGCUUCAGUUUUAGCUUACUUCGGACAAUCCUCCCCACUUACUCGCUCUCUAUCUACACCAAGAUCUUGGGCUUCAGCUGGGCGUGUUCUUUUACAUAGGCGCACACCUGCACCAGCACACCGACCAAGUUCCCCAGUGCCCCGACUCUGGUCUCCACAACAGCCAGUUGUUCCUCUUAACAGACCUCCAAAGAUUAGAAGUUUGCCAGAUAGGUUCCUGCCAGUUGCGGCAGUCACUCCAAAGCGGAACCCAGAAACUACGAGCCCAAGAAAUGUGCCAAGAAGAUAUAGCAGGCAUAUGGACAUAAAUAGAAAUGGCACAGGAACAGGAACCCCUCAGGGCUUUCGUGCUGCUUCCGAAGCCCAAUCCGUCGGUUCUAUGGGUGCUCCAGAAUGCAUUAACAAUACAAGUGUUUUAGAGAAUGGAAACUAUAUGAGCAGUGCUGCAGAAAUCACAAGUAAAUCUAUUGAUGGAAGAAACAUGAGCUCUCAAUUAAAGGGACAAUCUCAGCCUAGCGAGAUGAAAAGGAAGGAGUAAUAUUGUAUAUUGUCAAGGCUUGCUUCCAGCGCUUGUUAGGACAAUGAUGACGGAGGGAAAUCAAGGAAGGAGAUUUUAUGACUGUGGUCGAUUUCAACAUUUUGAGAGAUGCAAUUUUUUUAGAUGGGUUGAUGGAGAGAACUGUCAAAGCUGUGAGGUGGUUAUGCCUAGAAUAAAAUGCAAAUUACAAGAAUGUGAAGAUGAAAUCACUAAAAUACACUUAAGGGAGGCAGAGUUAUUGAAUGAAAUGAACAAAAUUAAAGAGUUAAAUACAAAAUUAGAGAAUACACAGAGAGAAGCAGAAGCAUCACAGAAGCAAAAAAUUGCAAAGAAGAACUACUAUUAUCAAUGGAUUUGCAGAAUGUGUAUAUUCUUAAUUGGAAUAUUGUGUGCAAUGGUUCUUAGUGGAUUGCUUGAAAAAUAAUAAUGACAAUUUAUGUUUGCCUUAAUGUUGUAUUGAUCAUAUGAGGGUUGAUUGUAUAAACUGUUUACUGUUCUUUGUUGAA